GAGAUGAUAAAUCGAUAUUUGGUUCAUAUAAUCGUACUACGUGUAGAGUAAGCCUACUGUAUCUAUCUAGUAUACUGUGGCCAGGGCAAUCACUUGUUCCGUGAACCCUGAACCGGAACCCGGAAAACAGCCUUUGCAGUUUGCGACACGUUGGUAUCGCAUGUUCUUAUGUUCUGUCUUGAUUUUACUACUGGUUAUCUGUAAAUUAAUUAUGGAAAACAAGGAGCGUACUUUUAUCAUGGUUAAACCAGACGGUGUGCAGCGUGGUCUUGUCGGCAAGAUUAUUCAACGAUUUGAGCAGAAGGGUUUCAAAUUAGUGACUAUAAAGAUGUUAUGGCCUUCUGAAGAUCUCUUGAAGAAACAUUAUGCAGAUCUGGCAUCAAGACCCUUCUUCCCAGGUUUGGUCACAUAUAUGAGCUCAGGACCAGUUGUGCCAAUGGUCUGGGAAGGCUUGAAUGUUGUAAAGACUGGUCGUGUAAUGUUGGGUGAGACAAAUCCUAAGGAUUCUGCACCAGGUACAAUUCGUGGUGAUUUUUGCGUACAAGUCGGACGCAAUAUUAUUCAUGGUUCUGAUUCUGUUGAGUCUGCCAAAAAGGAAAUUGAGCUCUGGUUUGGCGAGAAAGAAGUGAUUGACUGGACGCACGCAUCUAAAGAAUGGAUUUACGAAUAAGAAUUUCGUUUUUUUUUUUUGACGGAAACAUUUUCUCAGAGGUUUUUCUAUAGUAUCUCUACAAGCAUUUUCUUGAAGAGAAUCUGCUGAAGUCUACUGUUAGUAUGUAAACGGACUGAACUUUUUAGCAAGGCUGAGAUUCGAGAAAAACAUUUGAUAUUUGUGAGUAAAUAAAAAAUUGCUAAAUUUUA